CUCCAAGCUUUCCUACCAUUUAUAAACUCUCUUGCUUCUCUCAUUCCAACACCUUUAACUACCAAAGCUUUCCUCACUGCAUCCAUCCACACAAACCGAAGUCUGCCUCUGUUUCUGCUGCCUACCACUUCUACCUUCAUCACCCUCCUUACCAUCUGCUCCUCAUCCAUCCUAUCCAUGUGGCCAAACCACCUCAACAUUCGUCUAUCCAAUUUGGUUGUUAGAUUUUCGUUCUUUCUUUCCUGCUUGUCUUUGCACCUCCUCAUUCCUCAUCCUGUCCAUCCGUGUCACACCAAUCGUGGUGACGAUUUUGCCAGCUCGCCGCCUUAAGCAGUUUGGAAUAAUGAUCCAAAUUCAAACAGAGAUAAUAUCGACUUCAGUGGAAUUUUAAACCAGAAAGAAAUAAAGCCAGAAAAAAUACUGCUAAGCAUUUUGUCCGGCGCCUUGCUCUGAAUUGAAACACUUCUGUGCUACCAUAGACAAAAAAAGGGAGACUUGACUGAAAACAGUUUUCUAACACAAGAGAUUGAAUGUUUUAGUCUUGUUUCCGUUUUACUGCGAAACAAGUAUUUGUGUGUGUGUGAGUAUGUGUAUAUAUUUAUAUAUGUAUAUUUAAUGUGUGCAUACAUAUGUAUGUAUAUAUACAUGGGCAUAUACACCUGUGAUGUAGUUGAAGCAUACAAAUAUGUAAAUAAUAAUAAUAAAAAAAAAAACAGUGUAAGACAAUUAAAUAACCUUGUAUAAACCGAAGAGACAAAAGUGACAAGAAGAAGCAAAAGCGAAGAAAAGAGAAAACACGAACGAAAUGAGCCGAAAAUAAGCGUAGAAUUUGGAAGAAGUCUAAAGAAAAUGUAAAGACAUUUCUUUUUUUAUUGAAAAAAAGAAAAAGAAACACUCAUCCAGCAAUAAAGUGACAAGUUGAGAAAGUAUAACAAUUAAUGGUAUUUAUUUAUUUAUUGAACGGAAAAAUCGGCAAAGUUUGUUAAAAGGAAAUACAUGUAAAGAAGAAAAUCCCCACGAAACAAACUUUACGUAAACAACAACGAAAGACAAUGUUGUGAAGAAGGAAUUAUUUGCAAGGUGUCAAAGCACCCAUCAUCGACUUUUUACAUCUGUACACACAUAUAUAUAUAUACAUAUAUAUACACAUAUAUAUAUGUAUAUGUUUGUGUGUGUGUGUGUGUGUAUAUAUUUUAUGAAUAAUAUCGAAUGACGUUUAUUGAAUGUCGUCUGACUGUUUGAAUUUCACUGGAUUAAUCCUCGAGUCGAGCUGCAAUAUUUUUUAAAUAAACAAACAAAAAACAUGGACUUCGUGGAAGAGAUUAAUUUUGAUGAUCUCAAGUUCGAAGAGAUUGUUGGUAAAGGAGCUUUUGGUGUGGUACGCCGUGCUACGUAUCAUAGGAUUAGUGUGGCUGUGAAACUCAUUGAAACUGAAUCGGAGAAGAAAGCAUUCAUUACAGAAUUGAAACAAUUGUCUCGAGUUUCUCAUCCAAACAUCGUUAAACUGUAUGGAGCUUGUACAAAACAUCCGGUAUGUUUGGUGAUGGAAUAUGCAGAAGGUGGCUCCCUCUACAAUGUUCUUCACGGAGCUGGCCCGCAACCUGCAUACACUGCAGCCCAUGCUAUCAGCUGGGCCCUGCAGUGUGCCAAAGGUGUGGAAUAUCUGCACAAUAUGAAACCGAAAGCUCUCAUUCAUAGAGAUCUCAAACCACCCAAUUUGCUGUUGAUAAUGGGUGGAAAAGUAUUGAAGAUUUGUGACUUUGGUACUGCUUGUGACAUUCAGACGCAUAUGACUAACAAUAAAGGUAGUGCUGCAUGGAUGGCACCUGAAGUUUUUGAAGGUUCGAACUAUAGUGAGAAAUGUGAUGUGUUCAGUUGGGGAAUCAUUUUAUGGGAAAUAUUCACACGUCGGAAACCUUUCGAUGAAAUGGGUGGACCAGCCUUUCGUAUAAUGUGGGCCGUACACCAAGGUAAAAAUUUCUAUUCCAUCUUUCUUUCUAAUUUUUUUUUUUUUUUGUGUUUCAAAAAAUUUUUUUUUUUAAGAAUUUGUAUUUUUAUUUCGUUUCUGUUGCUUGCUUCGUUUUAUUUAUUUUCUUUUGUUAUUAUCGAUAUUUUAUUUUUUUUUUGCUUUUUUUUGUCAUUCCUCAUCGUUCCUAUAUAUUUCACAGUCUCUUCAAUGGUUACAGAUGUGCAUGUGUAUUUGUCAAGCGAAUAAAAGACAGCUCUCUGU